AUGAGCGAGUUUUUCGGCGACUGUAUCAAAAAUCGCCGAAUCUCUAGACAGAAAUACUUCCUCCGAGAACGCACAAUCAAUGUGCCUGGCAUUUCUUUCCGCUCUCAAUUUGCCAAAGAGAAGGUGACAAAACUACAGGUUGGAAAUCGCGUAUGUGGUAAAAGCAAGAAGCACAUCGGCAAAACUGGUAUCACCCUUCAAGUGCUAAAGGAAAGCAGACAGCACACUUACGAGGACUCGGAGGAACAACUGGAGGAAGAGGAAGACGGCACAGUCGUGGCGCAUGGCCGCCUGUGGAUUGGUAUUCGCCUUGCAACGGCAGUGGAGCCACGCCAUGGAGCAACGCGUGUAUACUGGGACACACAAGGAUACGUAAACACACCGGCCAACUACGCAUCAGGGUUCCAGAUGAGCCGUCACUGUUUCGAGCAGAUAAUGUACGCACUUGCGUUCUCGGACAACAGUCAGCCGGGCGAUCCUGGCAUGCUUCUCGGUCUUGAACUGGUAGAAGGAUCCGCUCGUCAAAAUCAAAAACAGUACUUUCGUGAAUUUGGAGAAGGAACUGCAGCUGUAUUGCGAUUAGUGGAGCAAUUCAAGGGAACAGGUCGUACCGUAGUGGGUGAUAGCGCUUUCGCUUCGCUCGUAUUUAACGAGCACGUGAUGAAGUGA